GUCCAGCCACUCCACUUACCCAGAGGAGCAGCCACACAGCAUACUGAAAAAACCAACAGGCAAAAAUCAACAGAGGGGAGGGAGUCCAGGAGGCGGAGGGGAAGGAGGAGGUGAAAACGCCCUGGAAAUUUUGAUAGAGAAAUAGGAAGGCUUGAGAAAAGCAAACCAGACUGCACAGUUGACCAGUCUUUUAGACAACGCUGAUCUUAGGUUGGGUGGAAGGGAAGAGGUUUUCAAGGAUGCUCAAGCAGAAGUAAGGCUUCGAGGCGCCCCUGCUGCGCACAGAAGUCAAGAACCAAAGACAAACUUUCAGAGUGAAGGCCUUGGCACUGCUUGAGCAAUCCAAGGAAAACCAAGGCUGACCUUCAAUCACACCAGAAGUAUAAAAAAAAAAAAGACAAGAAAAGAUGGCAGAAGAAGAAGAAACCAGAGAAGUGUUGUUUCCGGACUGGGAAGGUCCAGAUAAAACUGGCCUUACCCUUGAACAAACAAAGGAAGGUGAGCUUUUUGUCAAGGAAGUCAAAGGAGAAUCACCAGCAGGACGAUCAGGAAAAGUUUAUGAAGGUGAUCAGGUUGUUGGUGCCACUAUCUAUUUUGAGAAUAUGACCACAGAGGAGACAGAAGAUUUACUGAAAACAUUGAGUCGACAUAAAGUUGGUCUGAAAUUACAAAACAAAGACAAAUCUCCUCUUUGCUCACCGUGCCGCUCACCAAUGGGUACUUUAACAUGGGAAGGGAGUCCCCGGUUUGGAGCUACCAGUCCCCGGUUUGGAGCUACCAGUCCCCGGUUUGGAGCUACCAGUCCAGACAUUCUCCUUAGUGGUGAUGACGAAGACUAUAAGAGAAUAUAUACCAAAAAAAUUAAACCCAGACUGAAGUCUGAAGAUUUAGCUGAAGGAGUGGACGUACGGACUGAGAGGCACAGCAGCACAAGCAGCGAUGGAAGCACAAUAACAACCAUUACUCGUCGCAUUACUACGUAUACUGUGGAUUUUCCUCAUGGUAUAAGUGAGCAACAUGAACUUUCAAGUCCUGAGAUCAAAGGGCAAAGACAGAAUUCAGAAGAUGACUCAUCCCAAAUCAGAAUGUCACAUGACAGCCAUACAGGUAAAGCAGAGGAGGGAGUUUUUGAGUUCAAGAAAGUUUCUCACACAGGGCCACAAAUUAAUUUAGCUGAUACAAGAUGGGGCACUGGAGGUAUUUAUUCCAAAAGUAUUCAAAGAGAGGGAGAUAUAGAGGGAAAUAAAAGCAUUGGUUUUACAGUUCCUUCAUGUGAACUCAGAAUGCGCAGUGAAGAUGGAAAGCUUGAGGACGGGGACACGGGCCUGCAGGACACAAAAAUGGCGCAGAAUGAUAGUACAAACACUGGUAGUAGGAUUGUCGCAAUAGAGCGACUGAGAAGUGAAAAUGUAAUUUCAGCUGAUGAAAAUGGAGGGUCUAUUAGUAUGUCUGUACCAGGGACAAUGCAUAUAACUACACAAGAAAUUAUGAAAACAAAAAAUCUAAACUCUGAAACUGAUACAGAUGAAAGGACAAAUAUGAAUGUAACUGAUGUUAGCUUACCUGGUAAUGUAAUUGGCAUCUCUAGAAUUGAAUCCAGGGGGCAGGGGGAAAGAUCUGUACAUUUACCAUCAAUAGGCAUAAAAUCCUCAGUAGUUAAUGAGGAAACAAGCACAAAACACAAAGGGGAUAGCAAUGUGAAUUUUUUGACCCAAAAAACAGAAGUAAAAAUAUCAACAGUAAAAGUUCCAACAGUGGAUAUCAAAAGCCAAACAAUUAAAGGAACAGAUUUGGAUGCAGGUGUUGGAAAUAUAGAAGGCAUAGAUGUAAGUGGUGCAAAAAUAAAAAUGCCUUCAACUGAGGGGUCUAGCCUAACUAUGCAAAACAUAAAUAUCAGCUUGACAGGCCAAAAAGUAAAAGAUGUGAUUGAAACUUCAGAUCAAAGAACAAAUGUUGAUGUUAAACUUCCAAAUGUUGAAUUGCCGGAGGUCAACACUGAUGGUGGGAAAGCUGGAUUUCAAAUGCCAAAUGUAAAAAUGACUUCAUUUAGCAUCGAAGGUCCAAAAUGGGAGGGUAACGUUCCAAAGACUGAUAAAGACAUGACUGCAACAGUUGAAAUUAUGGGUUCAAAAGGUGGAAUUGAAAUGCCUAAAAUCAAAAUGCCCUCAAUUGACAUCAGAGGUCAGAAAAUGUAUGAUGACAGAAAUGUUCCAAAAGCCGAGGUAGAAUUGACAGAACCAAAGGUUGACAUUAAUGUCCCAGGUGCAGACAUUGAAGGACCAGAUGCACAGUUUAAAGGAACAAAAAUUACUUUACCAUCAGUUAAAGGUCAAACACUUCCAGACAUGGACAUGAACCUUAAAAGUCCCAAUCUAGAAGGAGAUGGUAAUAUGUCAGUUCCGAAUAUUAAAGGUGAAGUCAAAUUUGAUAUUAAUCUUCCUGAUGUUGAUACUGAAGGACAAGAACGAAAACUUAAAGGGUCUAAAUUUAGUAUGCCAUCCAUAAAGGGUCCAAAAAUGCCAGAUUUGGACAUAAACCUCAAAGGUCCCAACUUGAAAGAUGUUGAUAUUUCAGUUCCUGCAGUUGAAGGCAAAGUUAGUGCACCAAAGGUUGAUGUAUCGGAUGUCAACACUGAGGGCACAAAAGGAGGAUUUAAAAUGCCAAAAGUCAAAAUAUCCUCAUUUAGCAUUGAAACUCCGAAGCCGGAGGGUCCAGAAAUUGAUGUAAGUCUUCCAAAAGCUGAAACUGACUUGAAAGGACGAAAAGUUGAUGUUAAUCUUCCUGAUGUUGACAUCAAAGUACCUGAUGGAAAACUUAAAGGGCCUAAAUUUAGUAUGCCAUCCAUAAAGGGUCCAAAAAUGCCAGAUUUGGACAUCAACCUCAAAGAUUCUAAGUUGGAGGGAGAUGUUGAUAUUUCAGUUCCUAAAAUUGAAGGCAAAGUUUGUGCACCAGAAGUUGAUCUGCCUGAUGUCAACAUCGAUGGUACAAAAGGAGGAUUUAAAAUGCCAAAAGUCACAAUGCCCACAUUUGACAUCAAAGCUCCCAAACAGGAGGGUCCAAAAGUUGAUGUAAGUCUUCCAAAAGCUGAAAUUGACUUGAAAGGGCCAAAAGUUGAUGUUAAUCUUCCUGAUAGUGACAUUGAAGGACCUGAUGGAAAAUUCAAAGGGCCUAAAUUUAGUAUGCCAUCCAUAAAGGGUCCAAAAAUGCCAGAUUUAGACAUAAACCUCAAAGGUCCCAAGUUGGAGGGAGAUGCUGAUAUUUCAGUUCCUAAAAUUGAAGGCAAAGUUAGUGCACCAGAAGUUGAUCUGCCUGAUGUCAACAUCGAUGGCACAAAAGGAGGAUUUAAAAUGCCAAAGGUCAAAAUGCCCAGAUUUGGUAUCAAAACUCCCAAACUAGAAAGUCCAGAAGUUGAUGUAAGUCUUCCAAAAGCUGAAAUUGACUUGAAAGGACCAAAUGUUGAUGUUAAUCUUUCUGAUAUUGACAUCGAAGGACCUGAUGGAAAACUCAAAGGGCCGAAAUUUAGUAUGACAUCCAUAAAGGGUCCAAAAAUGCCAGAUAUGGACAUAAACCUCAAAGGUCUUAAGUUGGAGGGAGAUGUUGAUAUUUCAGUUCCUAAAAUUGAAGGAGAAGUUUGUGCACCAGAAGUUGAUCUGCCUGAUGUCAACAUCGAUGGUACAAAAGGAGAAUUUAAAAUGCCAAAAGUCACAAUGCCCUCAUUUGACAUCAAAGCUCCUAAACUGGAGGGCCCUAAAGUUGAUGUAAGUCUUCCAAAAGCUGAACUUGACUUGAAAGGACCAAAAGCUGAUGUUAAUCUUCCUGAUGUUGACAUUGAAGGACCUGAUGUAAAACUUAAAGGGCCUAAAUUUAGUAUGCCAUCUAUAAAGGGUCCAAAAAUGCCAGAUUUGGACAUAAACCUCAAAGGUCCCAAGUUGGAGGGAGAUGUUGAUAUUUCAGUUCCUAAAAUUGAAGGCAAAGUUAGUGCACCAGAAGUUGAGCUGCCCGAUGUCAACAUCGAUGGUACAAAAGGAGGAUUUAAAAUGCCAAAGGUCAAAAUGCCCAGAUUUGGUAUCAAAACUCCCAAACCAGAAGGUCCAGAAGUUGAUGUAAGUCUUCCAAAAACUGAACUUGACUUGAAAGGAUCAAAAGUUGAUGUGAAUCUUUCUGAUAUUGACAUCGAAGGACCUGAUGGAAAACUCAAAGGGCCGAAAUUUAGUAUGCCAUCCAUAAAGGGUCCAAAAAUGCCAGAUAUGGACAUAAACCUCAAAGGUCUUAAGUUGGAGGGAGAUGUUGAUAUUUCAGUUCCUAAAAUUGAAGGCAAAGUUUGUGCACCAGAAGUUGAUCUGCCUGAUGUCAACAUCGAUGGUACAAAAGGAGAAUUUAAAAUGCCAAAAGUCACAAUGCCCUCAUUUGAUAUCAAAGUUCCUAAACUGGAGGGCCCAAAAGUUGAUGUAAGUCUUCCAAAAGCUGAACUUGACUUGAAAGGACCAAAAGUUGAUGUUAAUCUUCCUGAUAUUGACAUUGAAGGACCUGAUGGAAAACUUAAAGGGCCUAAAUUUAGUAUGCCAUCUAUAAAGGGUCCAAAAAUGCCAGAUUUGGACAUAAACCUCAAAGGUCCCAAGUUGGAGGGAGAUGUUGAUAUUUCAGUUCCUAAAAUUGAAGGCAAAGUUAGUGCACCAGAAGUUGAGCUGCCCGAUGUCAACAUCGAUGGUACAAAAGGAGGAUUUAAAAUGCCAAAGGUCAAAAUGCCCAGAUUUGGUAUCAAAACUCCCAAACCAGAAGGUCCAGAAGUUGAUGUAAGUCUUCCAAAAGCAGAAAUUGACUUGAAAGGACCAAAUGUUGAUGUUAAUCUUUCUGAUAUUGACAUCGAAGGACCUGAUGGAAAACUCAAAGGGCCGAAAUUUAGUAUGCCAUCCAUAAAGGGUCCAAAAAUGCCAGAUUUAGACAUAAACCUCAAAGGUCCCAAGUUGGAGGGAGAUGUUGAUAUUUCAGUUCCUAAAAUUGAAGGAGAAGUUUGUGCACCAGAAGUUGAUCUGCCUGAUGUCAACAUCGAUGGUACAAAAGGAGGAUUUAAAAUGCCAAAAGUGAAAAUGCCCCAAUUUGGCAUCAAAACUCCCAAACCAGAAGGUCCAGAAGUUGAUGUAAGUCUUCCAAAAGCAGAAAUUGACUUGAAAGGACCAAAAGCUGAUGUUAAUCUUCCUGAUAUUGACAUUGAAGGACCAGAUGUAAAACUUAAAGGGCCUAAAUUUAGUAUGCCAUCUAUAAAGGGUCCAAAAAUGCCAGAUUUGGACAUAAACCUCAAAGGUCCCAAGUUGGAGGGAGAUGUUGAUAUUUCAGUUCCUAAAAUUGAAGGCAAAGUUAGUGCAGCAGAAGUUGACCUGCCCGAUGUCAACAUCGAUGGUACAAAAGGAGGAUUUAAAAUGCCAAAGGUCAAAAUGCCCAGAUUUGGUAUCAAAACUCCCAAACUAGAAGGUCCAGAAGUUGAUGUAAGUCUUCCAAAAGCAGAAAUUGACUUGAAAGGACCAAAUGUUGAUGUUAAUCUUUCUGAUAUUGACAUCGAAGGACCUGAUGGAAAACUCAAAGGGCAGAAAUUUAGUAUGCCAUCCAUAAAGGGUCCAAAAAUGCCAGAUUUAGACAUAAACCUCAAAGGUCCCAAGUUGGAGGGAGAUGUUGAUAUUUCAGUUCCUAAAAUUGAAGGCAAAGUUUGUGCACCAGAAAUUGAUCUGCCUGAUGUCAACAUCGAUGGUACAAAAGGAGGAUUUAAAAUGCCAAAAGUGAAAAUGCCCCAAUUUGGCAUCAAAGCUCCCAAACCAGAAGGUCCAGAAGUUGAUGUAAGUCUUCCAAAAGCAGAAAUUGACUUGAAAGGACCAAAAGCUGAUGUUACUCUUCCUGAUAUUGACAUUGAAGGACCAGAUGUAAGACUUAAAGGACCUAAAUUUAGUAUGCCAUCCAUAAAGAGUCCAAAAAUGCCAGAUUUGGACAUAAACCUCAAAGGUCCCAAGUUGGAGGGAGAUGCUGAUAUUUCAGUUCCUAAAAUUGAAGGAGAAGUUUGUGCACCAGAAGUUGAUCUGCCUGAUGUCAACAUUGAUGGUACAAAAGGAGGAUUUAAAAUGCCAAAAGUCACAGUGCCCUCAUUUGACAUCAAAGCUCCCAAACUGGAGGGUCCAAAAGUUGAUGUAAGUCUUCCAAAAGCUGAAAUUGACUUGAAAGGACCAAAAGCUGAUGUUAAUCUUCCUGAUAUUGACAUUAAAGGACCUGAUGGAAAAUUUAAAGGGCCUAAAUUUAGUAUGCCAUCUAUAAAGGGUCCAAAAAUGCCAGAUUUGGACAUAAACCUCAAAGGUCCCAAGUUGGAGGGAGAUGCUGAUAUUUCAGUUCCUAAAAUUGAAGGCAAAGUUAGUGCACCAGAAGUUGAUCUGCCCGAUGUCAACAUCGAUGGUACAAAAGGACGAUUUAAAAUGCCAAAAGUGAAAAUGCCCAAAUUUGGCAUCAAAACACCCAAACCAGAAGGUCCAGAAGUUGAUGUAAGUCUUCCAAAAGCAGAAAUUGACUUGAAAGGACCAAAAGCUGAUGCUAAUCUUCCUGAUAUUGACAUUGAAGGACCAGAUGUAAAACUUAAAGGGCCUAAAUUUAGUAUGCCAACUAUAAAGGGUCCAAAAAUGCCAGAUUUGGACAUAAACCUCAAAGGUCCCAAGUUGGAGGGAGAUGUUGAUAUUUCAGUUCCUAAAAUUGAAGGCAAAGUUAGUGCAUCAGAAGUUGAUCUGCCUGAUGUCAACAUCGAUGGUACAAAAGGAGGAUUUAAAAUGCCAAAAGUCACAAUGCCCUCAUUUGACAUCAAAGCUCCCAAACUGGAGGGCCCAAAAGUUGAUGUAAGUCUUCCAAAAGCUGAAAUUGACUUGAAAGGACCAAAAGCUGAUGUUAAUCUUCCUGAUAUUGACAUUAAAGGACCUGAUGGAAAACUUAAAGGGCCUAAAUUUAGUAUGCCAUCCAUAAAGGGUCCAAAAAUGCCAGAUUUGGACAUAAACCUCAAAGGUCCCAAGUUGGAGGGAAAUGCUGAUAUUUCAGUUCCUAAAAUUGAAGGAGAAGUUUGUGCAUCAGAUGCUGAUCUGCCCGAUGUCAACAUCGAUGGUACAAAAGGAGGAUUUAAAAUGCCAAAAGUCACAAUGCCCUCAUUUGACAUCAAAGCUCCCAAACUGGAGGGCCCAAAAGUUGAUGUAAGUCUUCCAAAAACUGAAAUUGACUUGAAAGGACCAAAUGUUGAUGUUCAUCUUCCUGAUGUUGAUAUUGAAGGACCUGAUGGAAAACUUAAAGGGCCGAAAUUUAGCAUGCCAUCCAUAAAGGGUCCAAAAAUGCCAGAUUUGGACAUAAACCUCAAAGGUCCCAAGUUGGAGGGAGAUGUUGAUAUUUCAGUCCCUAAAAUUGAAGGCAAAGUUAGUGGACCAGAAGUUAAUCUGCCUGAUGUCAACAUCGAUGGUACAAAAGGAGGAUUUAAAAUGCCAAAAGUCAAAAUGCCCAAAUUUGGCAUCAAAGCUCCUAAACCAGAAGGUCCAGAAGUUGAUGUAAGUCUUCCAAAAGCUGAACUUGACUUGAAAGGAUCAAAAGUUGAUGUUAAUCUUCCUGAUAUUGACAUUAAAGGACCUGAUGGAAAACUUAAAGGGCCUAAAUUUAGUAUGCCAUCCAUAAAGGGUCCAAAAAUGCCAGAUUUGGACAUAAACCUCAAAGGUCCCAAGUUGGAGGGAGAUGUUGAUAUUUCAGUUCCUAAAAUUGAAGGCAAAGUUAGUGCACCAGAAGUUGAUCUGCCUGAUGUCAACAUUAAUGGUACAAAAGGAGGAUUUAAAAUGCCAAAAGUCACAAUGCCCUCAUUUGACAUCAAAGCUCCCAAACUGGAGGGUCCAAAAGUUGAUGUAAGUCUCCCAAAAGCUGAAAUUGAAUUGAAAGGACCAAAUGUUGAUGCUAAUCUUCCUGAUGUUGAUAUUGAAGGACCUGAUGGAAAACUUAAAGGGCCUAAAUUUAGUAUGCCAUCCAUAAAGAGUCCAAAAAUGCCAGAUUUGGACAUAAACCUCAAAGGUCCUAAGUUGGAGGGAGAUGUUGAUGUUUCAGUUCCUAAAAUUGAAGGCAAAGUUUGUGCACCAGAAAUUGAUCUGCCUGAUGUCAACAUCGAUGGCACAAAAGGAGGAUUUAAAAUGCCAAAGGUCAAAAUGCCCAAAUUUGGCAUCAAAGCUCCCAAACCAGAAAUUCCAGAAAUUGAUGUAAGUCUUCCAAAAGCUGAACUUGACUUGAAAGGACCAAAAGUUGAUGUUAAUCUUCCUGAUAUUGACAUUAAAGGACCUGAUGGAAAAUUUAAAGGGCCUAAAUUUAGUAUGCCAUCCAUAAAGGGUCCAAAAAUGCCAGAUUUGGACAUAAACCUCAAAGGUCCCAAGUUGGAGGGAGAUGCUGAUAUUUCAGUCCCUAAAAUUGAAGGAGAAGUUUGUGCACCAGAAGUUGAUCUGCCUGAUGUCAACAUCGAUGGUAUAAAAGGAGGAUUUAAAAUGCCAAAAGUCACAAUGCCCUCAUUUGACAUCAAAGCUCCCAAACUGGAGGGUCCAAAAGUUGAUGUAAGUCUCCCAAAAGCUGAAAUUGACUUGAAAGGACCAAAUGUUGAUGUUAAUCUUCCUGAUGUUGAUAUUGAAGGACCUGAUGGAAAACUUAAAGGGCCUAAAUUUAGUAUGCCAUCUAUAAAGGGUCCAAAAAUGCCAGAUUUGGACAUAAACCUCAAAGGUCCCAAGUUGGAGGGAGAUGUUGAUGUUUCAGUUCCUAAAAUUGAAGGCAAAGUUUGUGCACCAGAAAUUGAUCUGCCUGAUGUCAACAUCGAUGGUACAAAAGGAGGAUUUAAAAUGCCAAAGGUCAAAAUGCCCAAAUUUGGCAUCAAAGCUCCCAAACCAGAAAUUCCAGAAAUUGAUGUAAGUCUUCCAAAAGCUGAACUUGACUUGAAAGGACCAAAAGUUGAUGUUAAUCUUCCUGAUAUUGACAUUAAAGGACCUGAUGGAAAAUUUAAAGGGCCUAAAUUUAGUAUGCCAUCCAUAAAGGGUCCAAAAAUGCCAGAUUUGGACAUAAACCUCAAAGGUCCCAAGUUGGAGGGAGAUGUUGAUAUUUCAGUCCCUAAAAUUGAAGGAGAAGUUUGUGCACCAGAAGUUGAUCUACCUGAUGUCAACAUCGAUGGUACAAAAGGAGGAUUUAAAAUGCCAAAAGUCAAAAUGCCCUCAUUUGACAUCAAAGCUCCCAAACUGGAGGGUCCAAAAGUUGAUGUAAGUCUCCCAAAAGCUGAAAUUGACUUGAAAGGUCCAAAAGCUGAUGUUAAUCUUCCUGAAGUUGAUAUUGAAGGACCUGAUGGAAAACUUAAAGGGCCGAAAUUUAGCAUGCCAUCCAUAAAGAGUCCAAAAAUGCCAGAUUUGGACAUAAACCUCAAAGGUCCCAAGUUGGAGGGAGAUGUUGAUAUUUCAGUCCCUAAAAUUGAAGGAGAAGUUUGUGCACCAGAAGUUGAUCUGCCUGAUGUCAACAUCGAUGGUACAAAAGGAGGAUUUAAAAUGCCAAAAGUCAAAAUGCCCAAAUUUGACAUCAAAGCUCCCAAACUGGAGGGUCCAAAAGUUGAUGUAAGUCUUCCAAAAGCUGAAAUUGACUUGAAAGGUCCAAAAGCUGAUGUUAAUCUUCCUGAUAUUGACAUUAAAGGACCUGAUGUAAAACUUAAAGGACCUAAAUUUAGUAUGCCAUCCAUAAAGAGUCCAAAAAUGCCAGAUUUGGACAUAAACCUCAAAGGUCCCAAGUUGGAGGGAGAUGUUGAUAUUUCAGUUCCUAAAAUUGAAGGCAAAGUUAGUGCACCAGAAGUUGAUCUGCCCGAUGUCAACAUCGAUGGUACAAAAGGAGGAUUUAAAAUGCCAAAAGUCACAAUGCCCUCAUUUGACAUCAAAGCUCCUAAACUGGAGGGUCCAAAAGUUGAUGUAAGUCUUCCAAAAGCUGAAAUUGACUUGAAAGGACCAAAUGUUGAUGUUAAUCUUCCUGAUGUUGAUAUUGAAGGACCUGAUGGAAAACUUAAAGGGCCUAAAUUUAGUAUGCCAUCCAUAAAGAGUCCAAAAAUGCCAGAUUUGGACAUAAACCUCAAAGGUCCUAAGUUGGAAGGAGAUGUUGAUAUUUCAGUCCCUAAAAUUGAAGGAGAAGUUUGUGCACCAGAAAUUGAUCUGCCUGAUGUCAACAUCGAUGGUACAAAAGGAGGAUUUAAAAUGCCAAAAGUCAAAAUGCCCAAAUUUGGCAUCAAAGCUCCCAAACCAGAAAUUCCAGAAAUUGAUGUCAGUCUUCCAAAAGCUGAACUUGACUUGAAAGGACCAAAGGUUGAUGCUAAUCUUCCUGAUAUUGACAUUAAAGGACCAGAUGGAAAAUUUAAAGGGCCUAAAUUUAGUAUGCCAUCUAUAAAGGGUCCAAAAAUGCCAGAUUUGGACAUAAACCUCAAAGGUCCUAAGUUGGAAGGAGAUGUUGAUAUUUCAGUCCCUAAAAUUGAAGGAGAAGUUUGUGCACCAGAAGUUGAUCUGCCUGAUGUCAACAUCGAUGGUACAAAAGGAGGAUUUAAAAUGCCAAAAGUCAAAAUGCCCAAAUUUGGCACCAAAGCUCCCAAACCGGAAGGUCCUGAAUUAGAUUUAAGUUCAAACUUAAAAGGCGAAGUCAAAGGGCACAUUAAAACACCAGAGAUGGAUGUGAAAGGUCAAAAAGUAAAAAGCCCAAAGGUUAAAGUUCCAAAAUUCAAAAUGCCGAAAUUUGGAUUCAAGAGUCCCAAGUCUGAAGGCCCAGACAUAGAUGUAAAUCUCCCUAAGGCUGACAUUUAUGUAAGUGAACCUAAAUUAGAUAUUAAAGCCCCCCACAUUGACACUGAAAGUCCCAGUGGAAAACUGAAAGGACCAAAAUUUAAUCUUCCAUCGAUUUCUGGGCCAAAACUUGCUAUGCCUGAUGUUGACUUCAAUCUAAAAGGUCCAAAGAUGAAAGGAGACAUGGAUUUGUCUACACCAAAACUUGAGGCAGACAUAAAUCUUCCAGAUGUUGACAUCGAAUGUCCAGACAUUGAUGUGGAAGGAAUAAAGGGUGGAUUUGAAAUGCCCAAAAUAAAAAUGCCUAAAUUUGGACACAAAGGUACAAAGGUUGAAGCACCUGAAGUAGAUGUAAAGCUCCCUAAAGCGGAAAUUGAUGUGGAUGCACCAAAAGUGGACAUAAAAAGCCCUGAAAUUGAUAUUGAAAGUCCCAGUGGAAAGGUGAAAGGACCAAAAUUCCACCUUCCAUCCAUUUCUGGACCCAAAAUCACUAUGCCCGAUGUUGAUUUGAAUCUUAAAGGUCCAAAGAUAAAAGGAGACAUGGAUCUGUCUGCACCCAAGCUUGAAGGAGAUAUAAAUCUUCCAGAUGUUGACAUCGAAUGUCCAGAAAUUGAUGUGAAGGGACCAAAGGGUGGAUUUGAAAUGCCAACAUUUAAAAUGCCUAAAUUUGGAUUCAAAGGUCAAAACGUUGAAGCACCUGAAGUAGAUGUAAAGCUCCCUAAGGCUGAAAUGGAUGUGGAUACACCCAAACUGGAUUUAAAGGGCCCUGAAAUUGACAUUGAAAGUCCAAGUGGAAAAAUCAAAGGACCGAAAUUUAAUCUUCCCAACAUUUCUGGAGCAAAAAUCACUAUGCCUGACGUUGACUUCAAUCUAAAGGGUCGAAAGAUAAAAGGAGACAUGGAUUUGUCUGCACCAAAACUUGAAGGAGACAUAAAACUUCCAGAUGUUGACAUUGAAUGUCCAGACAUUGAUGUGGAGGGACCAAAGGGUGGAUUUGAAAUGCCCAAGAUAAAAAUGCCUAAAUUUGGACACAAAGGUUCAAAGGUUGAAGCACCUGAAGUAGAUGUAAAGCUCCCUAAAGCUGAAAUUGAUGUGGAUGCACCCAAACUGGACUUAAAGGGCCCUGAAAUUGAUAUUGAAAGUCCAAGUGGAAAAGUGAAAGGACCAAAAUUCCAUCUUCCAUCCAUUUCUGGGCCCAAAAUCACUAUGCCUGACGUUGACUUCAAUCUAAAGGGUCCAAAGAUAAAGGGAGACAUGGAUUUGUCUGCACCAAAACUUGAAGGAGACAUAAAUCUUCCAGAUGUUGACAUUGAAUGUCCAGAAAUUGAUGUGAAGGGACCAAAGGGUGGAUUUGAAAUGCCAACAUUUAAAAUGCCUAAAUUUGGAUUCAAAGGUCAAAAGGUUGAAGCACCUGAAGUAGAUGUAAAGCUCCCUAAAGCUGAAAUUGAUGUGGAUGCACCCAAACUGGACUUAAAGGGCCCUGAAAUUGACAUUGAAAGUCCUAGUGGAAAAAUCAAAGGACCAAAAUUUAAUCUUCCAAACAUUUCUGGACCCAAAAUCACUAUGCCUGACGUUGAUUUCAAUCUAAAGGGUCGAAAGAUAAAGGGAGACAUGGAUUUGUCUGCACCAAAACUUGAAGGAGACAUAAAUCUUCCAGCUGUUGACAUUGAAUGUCCAGACAUUGAUGUGGAAGGAACAAAGGGUGGAUUUGAAAUGCCCAAGAUAAAAAUGCCUAAAUUUGGAUUCAAAGGUACAAAGGUUGAAGCACCUGAAGUAGAUGUAAAGCUCCCUAAAGCUGAAAUUGAUGUGGAUGCACCCAAACUGGACUUAAAGGGCCCUGAAAUUGACAUUGAAAGUCCAAGUGGAAAAAUCAAAGGACCAAAAUUUAAUCUUCCAAACAUUUCUGGACCCAAAAUCACUAUGCCUGACGUUGAUUUCAAUCUUAAAGGGUCGAAGAUAAAGGGAGACAUGGAUUUGUCUGCACCCAAAACUUGAAGGAGACAUAAAUCUUCCAGAUGUGUUGACAUUGAAAUGUCCAGAAAUUGAUGUGAAGGAACAAAGGGUGGAUUUGAAAUGCCAACAUUUAAAAUGCCUAAAUUUGGAUUCAAAGGUCAAAAGGUUGAAGCACCUGAAGUAGAUGUAAAGCUCCCUAAAGCUGAAAUUGAUGUGGAUGCACCCAAACUGGACUUAAAGGGCCCUGAAAUUGACAUUGAAAGUCCUAGUGGAAAAAUCAAAGGACCAAAAUUUAAUCUUCCAAACAUUUCUGGACCCAAAAUCACUAUGCCUGACGUUGACUUCAAUCUAAAGGGUCGAAAGAUAAAGGGAGACAUGGAUUUGUCUGCACCAAAACUUGAAGGAGACAUAAAUCUUCCAGAUGUUGACAUUGAAUGUCCAGACAUUGAUGUGGAAGGAACAAAGGGUGGAUUUGAAAUGCCCAAGAUAAAAAUGCCGAAAUUUGGAUUCAAAGGUACAAAGGUUGAAGCACCUGAAGUAGAUGUAAAGCUCCCUAAAGCUGAAAUUGAUGUGGAUGCACCCAAACUGGACUUAAAGGGCCCUGAAAUUGACAUUGAAAGUCCAAGUGGAACAAUCAAAGGACCAAAGUUCCACCUUCCAUCCUUUUCUGGGCCCAAAAUCACUAUGCCCGAUGUUGAUUUGAAUCUUAAAGGUCCAAAGAUAAAGGGAGACAUGGAUUUGUCUGCACCCAAGCUUGAAGGAGAUAUAAAUCUUCCAGAUGUAGACAUCAAAUGUCCAGAAAUUGAUGUGAAGGGACCAAAGGGUGGAUUUGAAAUGCCAACAUUUAAAAUGCCUAAAUUUGGAUUCAAAGGUCAAAAGGUUGAAGCACCUGAAGUAGAUGUAAAGCUCCCUAAAGCUGAAAUUGAUGUGGAUGCACCCAAACUGGACUUAAAGGGCCCUGAAAUUGACAUUGAAAGUCCAAGUGGAAAAAUCAAAGGACCGAAAUUUAAUCUUCCAAACAUUUCUGGACCCAAAAUCACUAUGCCUGACGUUGACUUCAAUCUAAAGGGUCGAAAGAUAAAGGGAGACAUGGAUUUGUCUGCACCAAAACUUGAAGGAGACAUAAAUCUUCCAGAUGUUGACAUUGAAUGUCCAGACAUUGAUGUGGAAGGAACAAAGGGUGGAUUUGAAAUGCCAAAAUUUAAAAUGCCUAAAUUUGGAUUCAAAGGUACAAAGGUUGAAGCACCUGAAGUAGAUGUAAAGCUCCCUAAAGCUGAAAUUGAUGUGGAUGCACCCAAACUGGACUUAAAGGGCCCUGAAAUUGACAUUGAAAGUCCAAGUGGAACAAUCAAAGGACCAAAGUUCCACCUUCCAUCCUUUUCUGGGCCCAAAAUCACUAUGCCCGAUGUUGAUUUGAAUCUUAAAGGUCCAAAGAUAAAGGGAGACAUGGAUUUGUCUGCACCCAAGCUUGAAGGAGAUAUAAAUCUUCCAGAUGUAGACAUCAAAUGUCCAGAAAUUGAUGUGAAGGGACCAAAGGGUGGAUUUGAAAUGCCAACAUUUAAAAUGCCUAAAUUUGGAUUCAAAGGUCAAAAGGUUGAAGCACCUGAAGUAGAUGUAAAGCUCCCUAAAGCUGAAAUUGAUGUGGAUGCACCCAAACUGGACUUAAAGGGCCCUGAAAUUGACAUUGAAAGUCCUAGUGGAAAAAUCAAAGGACCGAAAUUUAAUCUUCCAAACAUUUCUGGACCCAAAAUCACUAUGCCUGAUGUAGACUUCAAUCUAAAGGGUCGAAAGAUAAAGGGAGACAUGGAUUUGUCUGCACCAAAACUUGAAGGAGACAUAAAUCUUCCAGAUGUUGACAUUGAAUGUCCAGACAUUGAUGUGGAAGGAACAAAGGGUGGAUUUGAAAUGCCAACAUUUAAAAUGCCUAAAUUUGGAUUCAAAGGUCAAAAGGUUGAAGCACCUGAAGUAGAUGUAAAGCUCCCUAAAGCUGAAAUUGAUGUGGAUGCACCCAAACUGGACAUUAAGGGCCCUGAAAUUGACAUUGAAAGUCCAAGUGGAAAAAUCAAAGGACCGAAAUUCCAACUUCCAUCCAUUUCUGGACCCAAAAUCACUAUGCCCGAUGUUGAUUUGAAUCUUAAAGGUCCAAAGAUAAAGGGAGACAUGGAUUUGUCUGCACCCAAAACUUGAGGAGAUAUAAAUCUUCCAGAUGUAGACAUCAAAUGUCCAGAAAUUGAUGUGAAGGGACCAAAGGGUGGAUUUGAAAUGCCAACAUUUAAAAUGCCUAAAUUUGGAUUCAAAGGUCAAAAGGUUGAAGCACCUGAAGUAGAUGUAAAGCUCCCUAAAGCUGAAAUUGAUGUAGAUGCACCCAAACUGGACUUAAAGGGCCCUGAAAUUGACAUUGAAAGUCCUGGUGGAAAAAUCAAAGGACCGAAAUUUAAUCUUCCAAACAUUUCUGGACCCAAAAUCACUAUGCCUGACGUUGAUUUGAAUCUUAAAGGUCCAAAGAUAAAAGGAGACAUGGAUUUGUCUGCACCAAAACUUGAAGGAGAUAUAAAUCUUCCAGAUGUAGACUUCGAAUGUCCAGAAAUUGAUGUGAAGGGACCAAAGGGUGGAUUUGAAAUGCCAACAUUUAAAAUGCCUAAAUUUGGAUUCAAAGGUCAAAAGGUUGAAGCACCUGAAGUAGAUGUAAAGCUCCCUAAGGCUGAAAUUGAUGUGGAUGCAUCCAAACUGGACUUAAAGGGCCCUGAAAUUGACAUUGAAAGUCCUAGUGGAAAAAUCAAAGGACCGAAAUUUAAUCUUCCAAACAUUUCUGGACCCAAAAUCACUAUGCCUGACGUUGACUUCAAUCUAAAGGGUCGAAAGAUAAAGGGAGACAUGGAUUUGUCUGCACCAAAACUUGAAGGAGACAUAAAUCUUCCAGAUGUUGACAUUGAAUGUCCAGACAUUAAUGUGGAGGGACCAAAGGGUGGAUUUGAAAUGCCCAAGAUAAAAAUGCCUAAAUUUGGACUCAAAGGUACAAAGGCUGAAGGACCCGAUAUCGAUGUAAAACUUCCUAAAGCUGAAAUUGAUGUGGCUGCACCCAAACUGGACAUAAAGGGCCCUGAAAUUGACAUUGAAAGUCCUAGUGGAAAGAUUAAGAAAACAAAAUUCCACCUUCCAUCCAUUUCCGGGACGAAACUGUCUAUGCCUGAUGUUGACUUCAAUCUAAAGGGUCCAAAGAUAAAGGGAGACAUGGAUUUGUCUGCACCAAAACUUGAAGGAGAUAUAAAAAGUCCCGAUGUUGAUAUCAAAUGUCCAGAAAUUGAUGUGAAGGGCCCAAAAGGUGAAUUUGAGAUGCCAAAAUUUAAAAUGCCUAAAUUUGGAUUCAAAGGUCAAAAGGUUGAAGCACCUGAAGUAGAUGUAAAGCUCCCUAAAGCUGAAAUUGAUGUGGAUGCACCCAAACUGGACAUAAAAGGUCCCCAAAUUGACAUUGAAAGUCCAAGUGGAAAAGUGAAAGGACCAACAUUCCAUCUUCCAUCCAUUUCUGGUCCCAAAAUCACUAUGCCUGACGUUGGCCUCAAUCUAAAGGGUCCAAAGGUCAAGGGAGACAUGGAUUUGUCUGCACCAAAACUUGAGGGAGACAUAAAUCUUCCAGAUGUUGACACUGAAUGUCCAGAAAUUGAUGUGGAGGGACCAAAGGGUGGAUUUGAAAUGCCCAAGAUAAAAAUGCCUAAAUUUGGACUCAAAGGUACAAAGGCACCUGAAGUAGAUGUAAAGCUCCCUAAAGCUGAAAUUGAUGUAGAUGCACCCAAACUGGACAUAAAAGGCCCCCAAAUUGACAUUGAAAGUCCUACUGGAAAAAUCAAAGGAUCAAAAUUUAACCUUCCAUCCAUUUCUGGACCCAAAAUUUCUAUGCCUGAUGUUGACUUCAAUAUGAAGGAUCCGAAGAUAAAAGGAGACAUAGAUUUGUCUGCACCAAAGCUUGAAGGAGACAUAAAUGUUCCAGAUGUUGACAUCAAAUGCCCAGAAAUUGAUGUGGAGGGGCCAAAGGGUGGAUUUGAAAUGCCCAAAAUCAAAAUGCCUACAUUUGGAGUAAAAGGUCCAAAAGGUGACGGGCUUGAUGUAGAUGUAAAGCUCCCUAAAGCUGAAAUUGAUGUGGAUGCACCCAAACUGGACUUAAAGGGCCCUGAAAUUGACAUUGAAUGUCCAAGCGGAAAAAUCAAAGGACCAAAAUUCAACCUUCCAUCCAUUUCCGGGUCUAAAAUUUCUAUGCCUGAUGUUGACUUCAAUCUAAAGGGUCCCAAAGUCAAGGGAGACAUGGAUUUGUCUGCAUCAAAGCUUGAAGGGGACAUCAAAGGUCCAGAUGCUGACAUCAAAGGUCCAGAAAUUUAUGUGGAGGGAAGAAAGGGUGGUUUUGAGAUGCCAAAAUUAAAAAUGCCUAAAUUUGGAUUUAAAGGUCCAAAUGUUGAAAGUCCAGAAAUAGAUGUAAAGGUCCCAAAAGCUGAGAUUGAUGUAGCCCCACCAAAAGUGGACAUAAAAGGCCCUGAAAUGGAAAGUCCAAGUGGACAAAUCAAAGGACCAAAAUUCAACCUUCCAAACAUUUCCGGGUCAAAAAUUUCAAUGCCUGAUAUUGACUUCAAUCUGCAAGGUCCAAAGAUAAAGGGAGACAUGGAUUUGUCUGCACCAAAACUUGAAACAGAUAUAAAUGUUCCAGACGUUGACAUUGAAUGUCCAGAAAUUGAUGUGAAGGGCCCAAAGGGUGGAUUCGAAAUGCCCAAAAUAAAAAUGCCUAAAUUUGGAUUAAAAAGUCCAAAGGUUGAAGGUCCAGAAAUAAAUGCAACUCUCCCUACAGCUGAGAUUGAUGUGGAUGUACCAAAACUGGACAUAAAAGCCCCUGAAAUUGACAUUGAAAGCCCAAGUGGAAAAAUCAAGGGAGCAAAAUUCAGCCUUCCAUCCAUUUCUGGGCACAAAAUGUCCAUGCCUGACGUUGACUUCAAUCUAAAGGAUCCAAAGAUUAAGGGAGACAUGGAUUUGUCUGCACAAAAACUUAAAGGAGACAUAAAACUUCCAGAUGUUGAUAUCAAAGGUCCAGAAAUUGAAGUGGAGGGUGGGAAGGGUGGAUUUGAAAUCCCUAAAAUGAAAAUGCCUGCAGUUGUGUUCAAAGGUCCAAGGAUAGAAGGUUCAGAUAUAGAUGUAAACCUCCCUCAAGCUGAGUUUGAUAUGAAUGCACCCAAACUGGACAUAAAAGGUCCUAACAUUGACACUGAUAGUCGUAGUGGAAAAAUUACAGGACCACAAUUUAAUCUUCCUUCUAUUUCUGAUCCCAAAAUAUCUUCAUCAGACACUCAUGUCACAUUGAAAGGUCCGAAGCUUGAAGGAGAUCUGGAUGUACAUGGGAAAACAGGUAAAUUUAAAGUACCUAAAAUCAAAGGAAAGCCCAAAAAAAGUGAUCUAAGUGUUGAUGUUGGAACACCUAAUAUUAACAUGAAAGGAACUAAGAAAAGUGUUUUUGGAAAGCUUAAUUUUCCAGAUGUUGAAUUAGAUAUUAAAUCACCAAAAGCCAAAGGAGACUGGUCAUUAUCUGAGGGGAAGACAGAUGAUCUUGCAUGUGCAGCAAAAGUUUCUUUACAAGACCCUGAAGUUGAUAGGCCUGGUGUUAUUCAUUAUCCAGAAGGAAAAAUUUCCUUCCCUCAAAUCAAAGCACCAAAAUUUGCUAUUGCAUUGCCACAAGCCGAAGGGUUUGAAGCUACAGGGAAUAUUGAAUCAGAAACUUCAUCUGGAAUGAGUCUUAAAACCAAGUCCUCCUCACUUAAGUAUGAGGCAAGCCCUGGUAAUGUUGAUAUGUCAAGUCCAGAUUUUAAACUAGGUGAACGCAAAGUGAAAGUAAAAAUUCCAAAGUUAUUUGGCAAAUCUAAAGCCAAGAGUAGCAGUGCAAGUGAUCUCAAGGGACCAGAGAUAGAAAUUAGUCCCAGACAAAAAGAAACAGGUGUUAAUGUUGAGGGAGAGAUGGGUGCAAUGAGUAUGUCACCAAAAGGCAAGUCAGCCUCCUUGGACUUUUUUAAGAAAUCAAGGCACAGUCCAUCUUUUAAUACUGAAGGAGCAGGUACAGUUAGCUCUGCUUCUACUCUAGAGGCAGAAGGUGGUGACAUUUCGCUGAACUUUGGAGAAGCUAAGGGUAAAGAAAAGAAAGGAAAGUUGAAGUUUGGAACAUUUGGAGGUUUUGGUUCAAAGUCAAAAGGCUCAUAUGAAGUGACUUUUGGAGAAGACAGUGAAGUAUCAGCAGAGGGAACAACAGGUGUUUCCUUAUCAUCUAAAAAGUCAAGGUUGUCCUCAUCCUCAAGCAAUGAAAGUGGUUCUAAAGGUGGUUUCAGGUUUCCAAAAGUAGAACUAUCUGUCUCACCUAAAACAGAGUAGUAAAGUCUUUUAGAUAACUAUAUUGAUAGCUGAGGAAUCAUCUCGAUUUUUACAAGAAUAGUAACACACAUUAAAAAUGCAUUGUAACUGUAAAUAAGAUUAAUUUGUAUUGUAUUAUUAUAUAUUCAUUUGUAAAUAGAGAUUUAUAAGCAAAUGGCAAUACUCUGAAGGAAAAUGUUAUAUUGCAGAACAUAGCCAUUUCCAAAAUACAUUUCUUAACAAAAAUAAUUUUGCUUAUUACAGUACAGUACAUUACAGUUUUCUUAUAAUGAAUGAUGAUGAUAAUAAAAAAAAGUAAAAAUUGCACAAUAGAAUAGAAUGGUCUGAAGAGACAAAUUAAUGAUGUAUAUAUUUAGACUACUAGCCAUAUUUGCAUUGACAAUCGCUGUUCAUAAAAGUUAUUUUAUGGUGAUUUUUAAUACAUAGUGUAUUUUUUGACUCAAACUAUGUGCCUUUUCUUUUAUAAAAAGUUUUACAAAAAUAAAUGUUAAUACAGCUCAAAGUAUGUGCAAAUGGAUAUGAGAAUAGAGUAAAAUAGUUUUAAUAAAAGAGCUGACCUUUAUUGAAUAACAUUGUGAUGGAAGUAGAGCAUAGUCUCUGUGCCUGCCUUUUUGUGUGCAUUUUGCCAAUAACUGUAAACAAAUUAAAGAGAAUUUUUUUCUUCAA